CGGGGCCGAGGGUGGGUGCCGGCUGUCUCCAUCUGGAAGGGCUGUUGAGGAGGAGGAGGGGGAGGAGGAAGAGGAGCAGGAGGAGCAGGAGGAACAAGAGGAGAGCUCCCAGGCCGGCCGGACCCACAGAAGCAAGGCCCGACCACCCCCAGCUCGCUCUCGCUCCCUCACUGUCUCCAGCACAGGUUCUCAUUCAGGUCCCACGCGCUCCCCCCGCGAGCGAGCCCCGGGCUGUGCGAUGGAAACGGUGCACGAGCUGCUUCCCCUGGCUAGGGAGAUGCUGGCGCAGAAGCGCAAAGGCAAGCUGGUGAAGCUGUACGUGCUGGGCAGCGUGCUGGCCCUUGUAGGCGUGGUGCUGGGCCUGGUGGAGACUGUGUGCGGCCCCUUCACGGCCGCCAGCCGUCUGCGCGACGAGGAGGCCGCGGUGGCCGAGCUGCGGGACGCUCGGGAGCGACAGGCCCUCCGCGCCGCACAGCAGGCCCUGCUGCGGGAGAAAGGCCAGAAGCAGCCCGAGAGCCAGCCGUGCAGCCGGGCGGACCGGCAGCACGCCUCCUAGGAACCAGGGGGCGGGGGGACCCGAAGGGGAGGGGAGGGAGACAGGAGCCCCGGCUGGAAGCCAGCCAGCCACCCACCCGCGUCCACCCACCUUCCACGAAGAUGCACCCAAAGGGGGUUGAGACUGACUCUUGCUGCCGUGCAGCACCGCGUUGUGAUGACGAAGUCGAACUGUGCCUUUCUUUAAGCGAUCUGAGAGUCUGUGGCUUUGCACUAGGGAGGAGGGAGAAAUGCUUUUUUUUAUACUUUUAUUAUUACUGUUGUUGUUGUUGUUGUUACUACUAUGAUCACCGUUUUGCAUUUUGAAAUAAAAAAAAAACAUUUUAUACUCUAUCUCAUCGCGUGUCUGG